AUGGAGCCCGAAGAUAACAACAGUGAUAUUAUCGAGAUCCAUCAGGGAAUAUGGAGCGAUGACCAAAACUCGAAACAGCUGAUUUUUCUUAGCUUCCCUGAAGGAAAGCGAACAGGAAACUCAUUCUUAGUCUGGUGCAGAGAGCGCGCAACAGGAGGCGCCAGUUUCCCGGUAACUCCCUGCUCUACUUUCCUCGUUGACUCGACGAAUAACAUUGAGUUCGUGGCCCCGAUCGAAACUGCAAUCGGUGCAAUGCCUUUGAGCCCAGGUCAGUAUCGGUCUCUAGGUCGGCCCACGGACGAAUCCCUGGUGACUCGUUACCAUGCGAGUAGAGAGGUGUUGAUUAUGCACGACUUCUGGAACUAUAAUGAGGUGAUUGGGGAUGAGGGCGAAGCUGGCUGGUUCGCGUCAGUUAAAGACCGAUUCAUAGCAAGGGGAGUUCUAGAACCAUAUGAGGGUUCGGCUGCUCCGGAAUCAGGUUCCGAAAUCCUAGACGCAGCUCAGUCUACUCGCCAUCAUACACGCGGCAUUACUGAAUAUUUCAUCUGCUUCCCGGAGGCUCUUCCCAAGCCUACUAGCCCUGAUGCCGGCACGGCCAACCAGGCAGAAACACAGCAGAAGAGGAAAUAUGAGCCGAGGCUGAAUUCCCUAUCUGCCCAGAAGCAAACGGUCCAGAGAAUUAAUAUGGCCAGCUCUGCUGCUGAUGACAAAGCGAGGAUGCUAUAG